ACACGCUUUACUAAAGCGUUACAUAUGGGACACGGGAUUGGCAUUCAUGGCUAUGCGGGAUACCCUAUAGACGGCUUACUGGAUUUGGUGGUUUCGCACAUGGGAGGGAGGAUACAGCGAUUUAAUGGAUCUCGGGAAGGGUGACUGGUUGUGGCAGCCAUGACCUUACUAUUUUCGGGUUUUUCAUCUUCUAGCUGGUGCUUGAUUUCACUUGGCUUCUGGGUUGGCGGCGUACGGCGAGGUUCCCGAAGGAACGCUUCCUUCGGUCAUGGCGGGGAACAUAAAACUGGUUCACAUAUUCUAAUGAAAUUGAGGCACGGAUUCAUCCUCACCUGCACAAGUUUUCCAUACCUGACAUUGCACGCGUUCUUACACGUUUAUCAGUUUAUCAGAUAUACUCGCCUUCCUUCUGAACUCUUGCAUUUACCUCAGACCACUAUGAAGGUAGGGUGAGAACACUGCUAAUAAAAAGGCAAGCUCAGAACACCAAGCCAGUGGGACCAGGUAAGAAU